AUGGCAAAAUCACCAUCAUCGUCAUCGUUGGAUGAGAACGAGAAAGAGAAGGACUUUGGUCUUGUAGAUCCACAAGCUGCAGCAGAGAAUCCGACAGAGUACGAGCCAAUACGAACGGAACCCAAGGAAAAGGAUUUGGAAAAUGGAGAUGGCCACAGUAAUCCAAGAGGCGUACUAACAAGAUUGCAAUCCAGCACAAGCGCGUACUCAGAAGCAAGCGAUAGCGAAUCUAAUGCGACAAAGUCAAUACGAAAAAAGAAGCCAUUUUACAAACGCCUCAAUGUAUUGAAGAAUAAUCCACCACCCAUUCCGAAAGAGCGCAAAGUAUCUCCGGAAUACACGGCAGGCUUCUUCAGCCGGCUUUCGUGGCAAUGGAUGCAACCCUUAAUGAGAGUGGGCUACAAGCGACCACUAGAAAAGAAUGAUAUCUGGGAGGUCAACCCUGACAGAAGCGCAGAGGUGUUGGCAAACAAGCUGGAAGCAGCUUUCAAGAGGCGGAGAGCAGAAGGCAAAGAGAGGCCUCUGUUAGGAGCCAUGUUCGAAACCUUCAAAUGGGAGUUCAUCAUUGGAGGAACAUGUCAACUCUCAGCAUCCGUCAUUCAAGCUGUCGCUCCUUUUGUCCUACGUUAUCUCAUCAACUUUGCUGUUCGCGCUUACGUUGCUGAACGUUCUGACGCUCCGGCGCCAAAUAUCGGCGAAGGUAUCGGCUUAGUUAUUGGGAUUACUGCGAUGCAGUUCUUGCAGAGUCUGGCCACGAACCACUUCAUGUACCGUGGUAUGAUGAUUGGUGGAGAGGCAAGGGGUGUUCUGAUUGCUCUCAUUUUCAACAAAGCAAUGAAGCUAUCAGGAAGAGCCAAAGCGGGUGGCGAGGCUGUUCUUGAAGCACCACCGCCGGAUAUCAAGCCGGGAAGCGAAGCUGAAGUGAAAUGGUACAAGAAGAUAUUGAAGAAGAAAGAGAAGAAGCAAUCCCCCAAGACUGCUGCAGGUGUGGCAGGUGAUGGCGAGGGCUGGGGCAAUGGACGAAUUGUCAACCUGAUGUCUACCGACACCUACCGUAUCGACCAAGCCAGCGGUUUCUUCCACAUGAUCUGGACCGCUCCUGUUGGUAUCUUGAUUACGACUGCUCUGCUCCUUGUCAACUUGACGUACAGUGCUCUUCCCGGUCUCGGCCUCAUUCUCAUUGCUAUGCCAUUACUUGGUCGCGCAGUCAAGACACUGUUCCGCCGAAGAGUUGCUAUCAACAAGAUCACCGAUCAGCGUGUAAGCUUGACUCAGGAGAUUUUACAAGGUGUUCGCUUCGUCAAAUACUUCGGAUGGGAGACCAGUUUCCUAGAGCGCAUCCAAACGAUCAGGAAGAAGGAGAUUCAUGGCAUCCAGGUCUUACUCACGAUUCGAAACGCCGUUCUUUCCGUCGGAAUGUCCAUGCCCGUCUUCGCUUCGAUGAUCUCGUUCAUCACCUACUCUCAGGUCAACAGCAGCCUCAAUCCCGCGCCAAUUUUCUCCUCGCUAGCUCUGUUCAACUCCAUGCGUAUUCCUCUCAACUUCCUGCCACUCGUCAUUGGUCAGGUAAUCGAUGCGAAUGCUUCCGUUAAGCGUAUCCAAGAGUUCUUGCUUGCUGAAGAAGCCGAAGAGAGCGGGAAGUGGGAUUACGAUGCCAAGGAUGCCGUGAUGCUGAAGGGCGCGAACUUCACUUGGGAGCGUCAUCCGACUCAGGACGCGGAAGAAGGCACAGGCGGACCGCCAGGAAAGAAGCCGACUAGGCAAGAGAAGAAGGAGAACAAGGCGAACGCAAAGCUAGCGCAGACCAGUGGAGAGACUACGCCUUCGGAUGCGACUGCCGUGGAAGAGGAGAAGCCCUUUGAGAUCAAAGGGUUGAACCUCAACAUUGGGCGAAACGAGCUCGUGGCUAUUAUCGGAGGUGUAGGUUCUGGAAAGAGUUCGCUCCUUGCAGCCUUGGCAGGAGACAUGCGCAAAACCAGUGGUGAAGUCAUCUUUGGUGCUUCGCGUGCUUUCUGUCCGCAAUAUGCGUGGAUCCAAAAUGCUACGGUACGAGAUAACAUCAUCUUCGGUAAGGAGUUCAACAAAAAAUGGUACGACGAGGUCGUAGAUGCAUGUGCCCUACGCCCUGACCUGGACAUGCUACCACACAACGAUGCGACAGAGAUUGGAGAGCGCGGUAUCACGGUAUCUGGUGGCCAGAAGCAGCGUAUGAACAUUGCUCGAGCCAUUUACUUCAACGCAGACAUUAUCCUCAUGGACGACCCCUUGAGCGCUGUUGACGCACAUGUUGGUCGCCACAUCAUGGACAAUGCCAUUUGCGGUCUACUCAAAGACAAAUGCCGUAUCCUUGCUACCCAUCAGCUACAUGUCCUCAGCCGCUGCGACAGGAUCAUCUGGGUGGAUCAAGGAGAAGUAAAAGCCGUCGACACUUUUGACAACCUCAUGGCUCAAAACGCAGACUUUGUACAGGUCAUGAGCACCACCGCCAAGGAGGAGGAGAAGGAAGAGAAAGAGGAAGUCAACGAGGACGAGGUCGAAGCAGAGGUCAAGAGCACAAAGAAGCAGAGAAAGCAGAAGAAACAGGCGGCCCUCAUGCAACAGGAAGAACGCGCAACCAAGAGCGUCAGCUGGGAGGUCUGGAUCGAAUACAUCAAAGCUGGAGGCGGCCUCUGGGUCGGUCCAUUCGUCUUCAUCCUCCUCGUCCUAUCCCAAGGCGCCAACAUCGUUACUUCGCUCUGGCUAUCCUACUGGACCUCCGACAAGUUCGGCUUCUCAGAGGGCGCAUACAUUGGCGCCUACGCAGCUUUCGGUUUCAGUCAAGCGCUCUUCAUGUUCUUCUUCUCCUUCUCGGUAUCUAUCUUUGGUACAAGAGCUGGUAAGGUCAUGUUGCACCGCGCUAUUACCCGUGUACUCCGCGCGCCUAUGUCCUUCUUCGAUACUACGCCGCUGGGACGCAUUACGAAUCGUUUCAGCAAGGAUAUCGAUGUUAUGGACAAUACCAUUACCGAUGCUAUGCGCAUGUACUUUUUGACGCUCGCCAUGAUUAUAUCUGUUUUUAUCCUCAUCAUUUCGUACUAUUACUACUACGCCAUCGCUCUUGGCCCGCUGUUCAUCUUCUUCAUGUUCUCGGCUGCCUUCUACCGGUCUUCUGCUCGCGAGGUCAAGCGUCACGAAGCCGUUCUGCGCAGUACGGUGUUCUCGCGCUUUGGCGAGGCUGUCAUGGGCACUGCAACUAUCCGUGCGUACGGUCUUCAGGAUCAAUUCUCAAAGACGGUUCGUGAUGCAAUCGACGACAUGAACAGCGCCUACUAUCUCACCUUUGCCAACCAACGCUGGCUGAGUGUUCGUCUGGAUCUCGUCGGUAUCCUGCUCGUCUUCACAACUGGUAUCCUCGUCGUUACAAGCCGUUUCUCCGUCGACCCCAGUAUCGCUGGUCUAGUUCUAUCGUACAUUCUCACCAUUGUACAGAUGAUCCAGUUUACGGUCCGCCAGCUUGCUGAGGUGGAGAACAACAUGAACUCGACGGAGCGUAUCCAUCACUACGGAACUCAACUCGAAGAAGAAGCGCCCCUGCACAUGGGUGAGGUACGACCCACCUGGCCAGAGCACGGCGAGAUUGUCUUCGACAACGUGGAGAUGCGAUACCGAGAUGGACUACCUUUGGUGCUCAAGGGUUUGAGUAUGCACGUCCGUGCUGGUGAGCGUAUUGGUGUUGUUGGCCGUACCGGAGCGGGUAAAUCGUCCAUCAUGUCGGCAUUGUUCCGACUGCAAGAGCUGUCAGGUGGCUCAAUCGUCAUUGAUGGUGUGGAUAUUGGCAAGAUUGGUCUUCACGACUUGCGCUCCAAGCUGGCUAUUAUCCCGCAGGACCCGACGCUCUUCAAGGGAACCAUCCGGUCCAACCUGGAUCCUUUCCAUGAACAUUCCGAUCUUGAGCUCUGGUCUGCCCUGCGACAAGCUGAUCUUGUGUCCAACGAGCAGACCAUGGAUGACCACUCUGGCAGGAUACAUCUUGAUAGUGUGGUUGAGGAAGAGGGUCUCAACUUCUCCCUAGGUCAGAGGCAGUUGAUGGCUUUGGCUCGCGCGCUUGUCCGCGGCUCUCAGAUCAUCGUCUGUGACGAAGCUACCAGCUCGGUCGACUUUGAAACGGAUGCGAAGAUUCAGCAAACGAUUGUGGACGGCUUCAAGGGCAAGACGCUUCUGUGCAUCGCCCAUCGACUAAAGACCAUUAUCAACUACGACAGGAUUUGCGUCAUGGACGCUGGGCUGAUUGCAGAGCUCGACUCGCCACUAAAUCUCUACGACCAAGGCGGAAUAUUCAAGGGCAUGUGCGACAGAUCCGGCAUCAAGAGGGAAGAAAUCGCUGGUGCAGUAAAAUAG